AUGGUGAGGUUUUCAAUCUUUACGGCCGCUUCAGGCCUACUCCUGUCUUCCUUCUCAUCCGCCAGCCCAGUCUCUGUGGUUCAAGAGAGCAAGACCAUCUCUGACCUCGUCAAGAGACGUUGCGGUUUUGAGACCUGGGACUCGACCAACAUCAACAACUGGUUCGAGGCUGGCACUGAUGCUUGGUUUGAAGCAUGGUGGCUCAGGUAUCUUGGUGGCAACGGGCCCGAUACCUCGGCUGUGAUCCCCAACGGUUGGCCCAAUAACUUUGUCAAUCUUUUCGGCAGAAUGUACUUGGAUGGCAAAGAGUUUUACAAGUGUGCCAAGCCCAAUGACCAGUGCUUCGGUGAUAUCUUCUGUGAAGAUAUCAAGUGCUCCGGCGACUGGGGCGAAGAAUGUGGCGACCAUGAUAAGCAGCGCCCCGUCUACAUGGUUCUCCAGUCCAUCCAAGGCUUUCAGUCCUAUUUCAGAGACUUCAUCGAAGUUCUAGACGAGACCCAGAUGAACCUUCAGGGCAUGUCGGCUUACCUCGUCUCCAACUUUUUCCCUCCCAUCGAGAAGAGCUUCGAAUUCUUCCUCCGUGAACUCCUCGUCGGCAUGGGAACUGCUUUCUCCAUCGGCGGCUCAUACCUCAAGCUCAACAACUGGGUCAAGUCCAACGACUUUGCCAAGGAGUCCUCGUCUGCUUUCGGUGCUUUGCUCAAUGGCAUUGGAACGGGUUACCGUGAGGUUGUGCAGUAUCCUGCUGAUCAGAAGUUUUCCGACUUUGCGGACCUUGGUGUUUUCAUGACCAAUGUGUUUGAGCAGACUCGAACUGCCCUCAAUGAUAUGCAGGAGAACCUUGCUAUCGGUAAUUACUGGGGCGGCAACCGAUUCUUCAACUAUGCUUCUGGCGGAGCUUUCCUUCCAGGUCCCGGUCAGGAGUUUAGCAGCGAGCCAUCCGAUUCCCAACUGGCGACUCUUCGCAAGUAUCUCCAGAAGCAGUUCAACGCCAGAGCCAUCAACUACAUCUGGCGCCAGCAAAAGAUAUUCAUUACCUACACCACUGAUGUCGACGGCUCGUGCGAACAGGAUAAGCAGGGUCCCCAAGACAUGAAGUACUGCCGUGAGGGAGACCCCGGCGUCUACUAUCUGUACUGGUGGCACGAAGCUUCUGUUGGUCUUGGUUCUACUACCGGCCUCAACACUUUUGAUACUGGAAAGAUGGACCACCCGACUGGUUGGGACAAGCUCGCUGCUGGUUGGAUCGAGCAGGGUUACCAACUAUCUCUCAACGAUGUGUUUGAAGCAUCCAUCGCUGCUUAUCAAGCUCAUCGCUUUGAUUACGAGGGCGAGAAUUCUGUCAAGCGAGCUCAAGAAGCAGUCACUGACGGCUGGGCUAAUCCUUGGGACCGCGGAACCAGCUGGGAGGGCACUUUCACCAUCCCUGUGUGCGACACUGGCGAUGUCAGCUACAACGUCCAGUUGGGUGAGCGCAUCAUGCCUUGCAACUGCGGCGGUGGCAACGAAGUCGACGCAUGGAAGAAGGCUGCCAAGUUUGACGGCUACCAGACCUAUGACCAGGAGUGCACCGAGGGCAAGCAGGCUGAGAGGAAGCAAGACCGUCGUGGCGGCAAAGGCAACCAAGAGUCAGACACUCCCGCUCUUCCCUCCGAGGUCAACGAGAUCCAGUGCCUCACGUCUGAUGGCGUCAACAAGGACAUGGUCUCGCAGGUGACCUAUUGUUCUGCAGCCAUUGCCAGCCUCGGCACAGACCGUGACAGGGAGAUCUGCAGCACAGAUUGCCAGGAUGGAGGAAAGGGCCAGAACAGCGUGUGGUGCCGAAUCGCUCUCGACGACAGCAACAUCCACUUUUGCGCUCUAACUAUCGCUUCCAAGGACGCUGAGCACGGAGGCCCUGGAUACGGUUGUCUGACUGUUGGAAAUGCUCAGGACUUUUAUGCCAAUGCUGUGGCUGUUACUGAGGAUGGAGGCAAGGGAUGUCACCCUGUUGGAACGCCGGAUUUUGCUGCUACGUUUGUUACUCCUGAUGGAAUGAACAGAUGGUGCUUGAGCGAUUAUGAGCAUGCCAACUACUGCACUAUCUAG